GAUUUCCGUUCUGAAGCACAUUCCAUCAUCAUGUGCUUUGAGUCGCUUGUUCAGCCAGUGCAUAUAAAGAGGACGUGAAGGUAGUAGAGGUCAGACAAGAAUCCAUACUUCUGAACUUCGCAGUUUUUAUUUCUGUCUCCUCCAUAAGGCGUAAAAAUGGCCUUCAAGCUCAUUAUCGCUGUGAUGCUGGUCUUUGUUGUGUCGAGCCAGGCUAGGCGCACGGAGCAAAGGAAUCGAUUCAACUCAGUUGGAGUCACACCAAUCUAUACUUGGAUAACGUACGAGGGCAGGAGACUCUAUUGCCCUGACUACACGGAAGUAGACAUCACCCAGCAGGAAGCCUGCAACUGCCCCUUCCUCGGAUGCAUGAGACAGCACGAGUGCCUUGCAGGACGCGUCCAUUGCUGGCUGAAUAACGACAACUACGAUCAAAACAACAUGGUGGACUCGGAUUGCGAUUGCAGAUAUCUUUAAAAACUCAACACAGACGUUUGAACCACCUGGCUCUAUUAGAAAUGAUGUAACAUGGCGUAGGCAAUUGUUUGAUUGAAACUGAAUAAAUGGAAAAUGAACAUUAAAAA